GAGGCUGCGCGUGCGCCAUGGUUCUUCCGCCCAGGCGGUCCCAGCAGUGGCGGCAUUGAGUAGAGAGGCUGGUGCGCGUCUGUGGCGACAAUGACCCAGGCCGAGAAGGGAGACGCGGAGAACGGGAAAGAGAAGGGCGGGGAGAAGGAGAAGGAGCAGCGCGGCGUGAAGCGACCCAUCGUGCCCGCGCUGGUGCCCGAGUCGCUGCAGGAGCAAAUCCAGAGCAACUUCAUCGUGGUCAUACACCCGGGUUCAACCACCUUGCGGAUCGGCCGGGCCACAGACACGCUGCCUGCCAGCGUUCCUCACGUCAUCGCACGGAGACACAAGCAGCAGGGGCAGCCCCUCUACAAAGACAGCUGGCUCCUGCGCGAGGGCCUGAACAAACCUGAAAGUAAUGAACAAAGACAAAAUGGCCUUAAAAUGGUGGAUCAAGCAAUAUGGUCUAAGAAAAUGUCGAACGGCACGAGGCGGAUCCCUGUGUCCCCUGAGCAGGCACGCUCCUACAACAAGCAGAUGCGACCUGCAAUUUUAGAUCACUGUUCUGGAAAUAAGUGGACAAAUACAUCUCAUCACCCUGAGUAUUUGGUGGGAGAAGAGGCCUUGUAUGUUAAUCCGCUGGACUGUUACAACAUUCACUGGCCCAUCCGAAGAGGCCAGCUAAAUAUUCACCCAGGACCUGGGGGCUCCCUCACUGCUGUGUUGGCAGAUAUUGAAGUAAUAUGGUCUCAUGCAAUUCAAAAAUACCUGGAAAUCCCCCUGAAAGAUUUAAAGUAUUAUAGAUGUAUUUUGUUAAUUCCUGAUAUCUACAAUAAACAGCAUGUGAAAGAACUGGUGAAUAUGAUACUAAUGAAGAUGGGAUUUUCAGGGAUCGUGGUGCACCAGGAGUCUGUGUGUGCCACCUUUGGAAGUGGCUUGAGCAGCACGUGCAUUGUAGAUGUCGGGGACCAGAAGACGAGCGUGUGCUGUGUGGAGGAUGGGGUGUCUCAUCGCAACACUCGGCUCUGCCUGGCGUACGGGGGAUCUGACGUGUCGCGCUGCUUCUACUGGCUGAUGCAGCGGGCGGGGUUCCCUUACAGGGAGUGCCAGCUGACUAACAAGAUGGACUGCCUCCUCCUGCAGCACCUGAAGGAAACCUUCUGCCAUUUAGAUCAGGACAUCUCUGGGCUUCAGGACCACGAGUUUCAGAUUCGGCAUCCGGAUUCUCCCGCCCUGCUCUACCAGUUUCGAUUAGGAGAUGAGAAGCUCCAGGCUCCCAUGGCUCUGUUUUACCCAGCGACGUUUGGGAUCGUCGGGCAGAAGAUGACAACUCUGCAGCACAGGUCCCAGGGCGACCCUGAGGACCCUCACGACGAGCAGUACCUGCUGGCCACACAGAGCAAGCAAGAACAGUCUGCAAAAGCUACUGCUGACCGCAAGUCUGCCUCCAAACCCAUUGGAUUUGAAGGGGAUCUUCGUGGCCCGGCUUCUGAUCUUCCAGAAAGACUUCACUCCCAGGAGGUGGAUUUGGGGCCCUCCCAGGGAGACUGCCUGAUGGCUGGCAACGACUCCGAGGAGGCCCUCACCGCACUGAUGUCUAGGAAGACUGCCGUCUCGCUGUUCGAAGGGAAGGCCCUGGGCCUCGACAAAGCCAUCCUGCACAGCAUAGACUGCUGCUCAUCCGACGAUACCAAAAAGAAGAUGUACAGCUCCAUCCUGGUGGUGGGAGGCGGUCUGAUGUUCCAUAAAGCUCAGGAAUUCCUGCAGCACAGGAUCCUCAACAAGAUGCCGCCCUCCUUCAGGCGGAUCAUUGAAAACGUGGACGUGAUCACGAGGCCGAAGGACCUGGACCCCCGGCUGAUCGCCUGGAAGGGGGGCGCCGUGCUGGCCUGCCUGGACACCACGCAGGAGCUGUGGGUCUACCAGCGGGAGUGGCAGCGCUUUGGGGUGCGCAUGCUGCGAGAGCGGGCCGCGUUCGUGUGGUGACGCGGGCAGAGCCGGCCGGAAGCAAGCCUCAUCAUGGAAAGGACUCUGCAGAAUACGUGGACUAUAAUUUAUUGGCCUCGUCGCCUAAGCUUCCUGGAAAGUACCCGAACCUCAGCUUUACAGCAAGGAAACGGUCGUUGGGUUGAAGUUGAAAGCCAUUUGUAGUCAGGAUGUUGAAGAAUAAAUGGGCAUUUCUUGCUCAGUGGUGAGCCUGCUGCCCCCGUGUCGGGGUGCAGUGAGCUCGUCUGUGAGGGAGACACCGCUGCUGGAACAGCCCUCCUGUUCCCUGACCCCCGAGUUCUCCUCUGCCUGGGAGAGCACUGGACUCUCACGGCCGAGUCGCGUGCACAUGCAGAGUGGCUCGUGUGUCCUCUCAGAAUUCUAAAUUGGAGAAAAAGCGUUCUCUUUCCCCUUUUAGAUGGAUUGCAGAAGAGAUUGGGACCCUUCAGGUGUAGAUUUCCAGAUGCAAGGACGUAAGGCUGGGCUGGCUUUUGUUACCAGACACUGCAGGGUGGGCUUAAGGAAUGAGAACUGUUACUGGACCAAAAGGACACAAAAGCUGAGUAGGAAACCUGUUUCCUUCCCAAACAGAAGUGACUCGGGUGUAGUGCAGAGGUGUCCAAACAAGGUGAUUGCUGCAAUUACUCCCAGCGGUGUCACCGCGCCCCUCUCCUGUACCUGAACACCCAAGUGAGAGCUGUUGGAGUUCUUGAGGUUCCGUGUGACCAGCUGGCCCUAACCUGUGUGCAUCCUGAUACAAAAUCUAAACCCAGCAGCCCCGCCCAGUGGUGGCUCCAGCCCUGGCAGCCUUCUGAGCCCCACAGGGGAGGGAGGGCGUGUCAGCCAGCGAGCACAGCUGGCCGGGGAGCUCGGAGACCUGGGAGGCGUGCGUGGGUGCCUGGCUCCUACCUGCUGCCACCAUCUUGUUCACUUAGACAGACUGGGGAAGAGACGGAGGUAGGAAUGCCAGGCAGGAUGGGGAGAAAUGAAGGGCUGAUGCACUGGCAUAAGUGAGCAGCCCAUGUGACUGACCAUGGAGUAGGCGAGGCACCAACGGAGAGUCCGCCAGGAAAACGCAUCGUUUUGCUUGCUGCUACUGUUACGGAUUUGUGCCUUCAAUCUGAAAAUCGUGUGUGCUGUUAUUUUCUUAACAAAAUAAACGUGCACAGUGUUGACAUUG